ACUACGUUAUCAUCACGUUUGUACUCGGUAUUCCACUGGCAGCUUUUGAAAAUUCCGCCUAUCGCUUGUCCGCAGGUAUGAAACGCCCUCUGAGUCCCACCCAGCUGAUGGGAAAUGGCAGUGGCGGGAGCCAUGGCACCACCAUAUGCUUGCCCUUCAGCAUACGUGGCGAGCUUCUCCAGGAGCUGGAAGAUGGACACUCUGGACAUCAGGGGCACCUGGAAGGCCCUCAGCAGAAGAAAAGACUCCUGUACUCCCUCUGCGAGGUCUGUAACCUCCAGCUCAACUCCCCCGCCCAGGCUCAGGUUCAUUAUAACGGCCGUUCCCACCUGCGCCGAGUCAAGCAGCUCAACACUGGAGAACUCCCUCUGAACGACAGCACUGGCACCAGUCCAGCACCAGCCGAUGUGGUCACCUGCUCCAACACAGCUGGGGCUGCCUGUGUAGGUCCAGAGUCUGGGCCCCAAACACCUGCAUACCUCAAGAAAACAGUUCACAAGGAGAAGCAAUGUGGCUUGGGGAAGCCUGGGGCUAAUGGUUGGAUGGGGCUGGAGCUCGGGGGUGCCUGA